AUGACAAGUGUGCUACGACCUGUCGCUGAAACAUGGUACAUUUCUGCCAGAACAAUUGACAUAGGCUCAAUUUUCAAGAUGGCCUUUAUCGCCUGGGAGCUAGGGUUCGCAACCGAUUUUGGUGAGAUUGUUAGAUACAUUACUCACAAUUGUUCUCUGGAUGACGAUUCCAAGUUGGUUUUUGGCCCCGGUAAGGAACAACUUGCACAGAAUGAAAUUAUGCAGAAGCUUCCCAUCAUGACAUGUAUUGAAGAGCAUCGGCUGCUAGCCCUAGAGACUUUUUAG